AUGACCCCGGUACACUUCAGUUUUAGCAUAGCAUUUAUCCUAGGCCUAAUAGGCCUGGCAUUUCACCGAACCCACCUUCUCUCUGCUCUACUAUGUUUAGAGGGCAUGAUGCUAUCACUCUUCCUUGCUCUCUCUUUAUGGACCCUACAAACAGAAGCAACAAACUUCUCUGCAGCGCCCAUGUUACUCCUCGCCUUCUCUGCUUGUGAAGCCAGCACUGGUCUUGCCCUGCUAGUGGCAACAGCCCGAACCCAUGGAACAGACCGACUACAAAACCUUAACCUCCUGCAAUGUUAA